AUGGAUGAGAGCGAACACCAACCAGCCCUGCACCAGCACUCGAAGCAUAUCUAUGGCUUGUCGAAACAAUACCUUGGCUACGACCCCAAUAACGCCGGCAUCCGGAAGCUAUACAAGUGGUUCGGUCUGACUAUCCGAGGCCAAUUCCCCGGCCAUCGUCAUCUGCAUCCCGAGCAACAUAGACCAUACAACCGAGACGCCGCUGUCGGCGAGGAUGAUGACGAUGACAAUAUGUCCGAUAUAGAUCCGGAUCUGUACGGCGACAGCGAUGACGAAUUCGGGGAUCCGGGGUAUAAUCAUGACCAACAUUACGACGGACAUCAUGACAACCGUACUGAGCACGACUGUUGUUGCGGCGGGAAUCAUGGCAGAUGGGACAGAGGUCUGAUUGACCAGCGAAAUGGAGGCUACCAUGACCACAAUCAUUGGAAUGGUGAUGGAGAUAACGGUCAUUAUGGUUACCAUGACGGAGCAGAUUAUGGGGAUGGAGGACGUGAGCAUGAGCAUCAACAUCAUGGCCAGGGCCAGUGGGAGGACGAAUACUAG